UCUCACUUAUCUCUCUUUCCCUCUCCAAUUAUUCAUUCUUCUUCUCUCAAUUUUGAAUUUUGUUGCUCUGUUUCUGUUUCUUUAUACAACUUUGCUGGUCAUGGAUUUGAAGAGUGCUCAUAUUUUUCUUGUUUGUGGGUUGCUGGUUUUCAACUGUCUCCUGGGAUUUGGAUCAGAUGCCCAACCUUUGCCUGAACAAGAAGUGAGAGCCCUUCAAGCAAUAUCUGCAGCGCUAAAGAACUUAAACUGGAAUGUCCACAAAAAUUCUUGCAUUAAUGGCAAUGGGUUUUCGAAUGAAGUUAUGGACGGUACCGAUGUCAUCAGAGAGGUGAACUGCAGUUGCUCCACUGUUUCUUGCAGCGUCACCAGCAUCUUGCUAAAAAGAGUCAAACUAGUUGGAGUUCUACCCAAAGCAUUUGCAGAUUUGACUGAAUUGCAGAAGCUAGAUCUUACUGGCAAUUUUAUAUCCGGAUCAAUCCCUAUGGAGUUUGCUAGCCUUCCUCUUGUUAGUCUUUCCUUGCUGGGAAACUCGCUUACUGGUGAGAUUCCUCCAGGAAUUGGUGAUAUUGCUUCGCUUGAGGAACUGGUCUUGGAAAGCAAUCAACUUCGAGGAAAUCUUCCUGAAAGCCUCGGGAAAUUGGGCCGCUUGCGAAGGCUACUUCUUUCUGCAAACAAUUUCACGGGGCCGAUUCCAGAAACAUAUGGAAACUUGAGGAACUUGACUGAAUUUGGGAUAGAUGGAAAUGAUGUGUCAGGAAAGUUUCCUGAAUUUAUUGGCAACUGGAACAAGCUUGAGAAUCUACAUAUUCAAGGAACUUCUAUGGAGAACCCCAUUCCUCGUGCUAUAUCCGAGUUGAAAAACUUAAAACAACUGUGGAUAACUGAUUUGAAGGGACCGCCAAUAAGGUUUUCAAAUGUGACGAAUCAAUCGACAAAAUUAGAACAAUUGAUCCUAAGAAAUUGCUUAAUCGAGGGUGAAAUUCCUGAAUAUAUUGGACAGUUUAAUGCAUUAAGUAUUUUAGAUCUAAGCUUCAACAGAUUGAGUGGUCCAAUUCCAGAGACAUUUAAGGAUCUAAGAACUCAAUUCUUGUUUCUGACCAACAACUCAUUAAGUGGCCAAGUACCAAGCUGGAUCUUGAACAGCUCAAGGGACAUAGAUUUAUCUUACAACAAUUUUACAGGGCCGUCCCCUGUCUCCAGUUGUCCACGGUCUAAUAACGUGAACUUGGUUUCAACUACAAUGAAUGACACUGCUGCUUGGUGCCUGAGGAAGGAUCUCCCUUGCUCGGUAGAAGCUCGAUUUCAUUCCUUGUUCAUAAAUUGUGGGGGAUCCAGUAUGGAUGGUUAUGAAGAAGAUUUGAAUCCGGAAGGCAGCUCUGAAUUUUUCUCCUCUCGGGAAAGAUGGGCUUACAGCAGUACCGGGGUUUUCUUGGGAAAUGAGAGAAAUAAGAAUUAUAUAGUAACAGAUGACAAAAUGUCAAGCAAUAGCAUCUAUGCAACUGCUCGAGUCGCACCUAUUUCACUCAAGUACUAUGGGCUUUGCUUGCGGAAAGGAAGUUAUAAUGUGAAGCUUCACUUUGCUGAAAUAAUGUUUAGUGCAGGCCAAACCUUCGGAAGCUUGGGGGAGCGCAUAUUUGAUAUCUCAAUCCAAGGAAACUUGGUUAAAAAAGAUUUUAACAUAAUGGAGAAAGCUAGAGGUGUUGGUAAGAGCUAUAUUUUGGAAAGGCCUGAUGUUGUAGUAACUGGCAGCACUCUCGAGAUCCACUUAUACUGGGCUGGUAAAGGAACUACAGUCAUUCCAAACAAAGGGGUGUAUGGACCUCUAAUAUCUGCGAUUACAAUCACACCUAACUAUAAUGUGGGAGGGCUAUCUCCUGGAGCUAUUGCUGGCAUUGUUGUUGGUGUUUUUGUGUUCGUUGUUUUGGUACUGGUUGUUCUCCGAAGGAAGGGUUACUUGGGUGGGAAGAAAACUGAAGACAGUGAACUUCGGGACCUAAAAUUACAGACAGGUUACUUCAGUUUAAGACAAAUCAGAGCAGCCACAAACAACUUUGAUGCUGCAAAUAAGAUAGGCGAGGGAGGUUUUGGUCCUGUCUACAAGGGAGUACUGUUGGAUGGAACUUCGGUUGCCGUAAAACAGCUAUCCUCUAAAUCAAGGCAAGGGAACCGUGAAUUCAUCACUGAAAUCGGCAUGAUAUCUGCAUUACAACAUCCGAAUCUGGUCAAGCUUUAUGGUUGUUGUAUUGAAGGAAACCAGUUAUUGCUUAUUUACGAGUAUUUAGAGAACAAUUGUCUUGCUCGUGCUCUUUUUGGCUCGGAGGAGAAUGCACUGCAUUUGGAUUGGCCGAUAAGAAUGAAGAUAUGCUUGGGAAUAGCAAAGGGAUUGGCUUACCUUCAUGAAGAAUCUAGAUUGAAAAUUGUUCAUAGAGAUAUAAAAGCUACCAAUGUAUUACUUGAUAAAAGUCUGAAUGCCAAGAUUUCUGACUUUGGAUUGGCUAAGCUUGAUGAAGAGGAGAACACCCAUAUCAGCACAAGAAUUGCUGGCACAAUAGGUUACAUGGCUCCUGAGUAUGCAUUGAGGUGUUAUUUGACUGAUAAAGCUGAAGUUUAUAGCUUUGGAAUCGUAGCUCUAGAGAUUGUUAGUGGGAAAAGUAACACAAAUUACAGGCCAAAAGAAGAGUUUGUUUAUCUUCUUGACUGGGCUUACGUUCUCCGAGAGGAGGGACUUGUUGAUCCGAGUCUCGGCUCACAUUACUCGAAAGAAGAGGUGACGAGGAUGCUUCAUAUAGCUCUGUUAUGCACGAACCUGUCUCCUACUCUCAGGCCAUCCAUGUCUUCCGUGGUUAGCAUGCUCGAAGGUAAAAUUGCGAUUGAAGUAGCGAACAUCAAGUGCAACACAGCCGACCGAGAUGCAAGGUUCAAAGCUUUCGAGAAGCUAUCACAAGACAGCCAAACCAGCAUUUCAACAUCUUCGCAAGGCAUUCAGAUGCAGAGAAGCAUGCUAAUCGAUGGACCAUGGAUUGACUCAUCAUCUACUUCUACCCAAAACAAGGACGAGGCUCGAGAGUAUUCUUCAACCAGAAGUCUUCUUGGAGAUUGAAUAAAAGCAAAAUAUCAAAUUGGUAGCACCAACUUUAUGGGUUUGUGAUUCAACUUUUAUUUAUAUACUUCAGAAACGAACUCAAUAAAAUAAUUUAGAAAUGGUUUCUUAUUGCAAAGGCUA